AUGACCUGUGGGAUUAUUGCAGCUGCGCGCGACGCGAUGCUGAUUAACAUCAUCUGUGUGCUGUUCGUGUUGGAUGUGAGCGUGUGCGACUCGGAGCUCGGGCCUCCCGGCUGGAGGGAACCUCUGGACUGCGUCAGAGCCUCAGAACUCUGCAACCAGAACAGCCAGUGCAGCUCCCGGUACCGGAUCAUGCGUCAGUGCCUGUCGGGCGGCGACAAGGAGCGCAGCGCCAUGCUGGCCUCCCGGGAGUGUCAGGGGGCGCUGGAGGUGCUGCAGGACUCGCCGCUCUACGACUGCCGCUGCAAGAGGGCCAUGAAGAAGGAGCUGCAGUGUCUGCAGAACUACUGGAGCAUCCACAUGGGCCUGACCGAGGGGGAAGAGUUCUACGAGACGUCUCCGUACGAGCCGAUCCAUUUCUCCGAGGAGUUCAGGCAUGCCUCCAUUAUCUCAGUGGAAGCCCCUCCAGGAGCCUCCCUGGCCGUCCAGGCUUCUCCGGUCCUCCUGAAGCUGCUGGACCUGGCCGAGCUGGAGGCAGGCAGCAGAGCUGGCCUUAAACAGGGAAUGUUUUCAUCUGAUCUGGCAGCUCCUGGUGUGCAGACGGCCCUUCGUCAGUUCUUCGAGCGGGUCUCCUGGGAGCUCAGCUACCCGCUGCUGUUCUGCUCCUGCCCGGACCAGGCCUGUGCCGAGCGGCGCCGCCGGACCAUCGUCCCGUCCUGCAGCCACCAGGAGCGCCACAAGCCGUCCUGCCUGGAGCUGAGGCGCACCUGUCGCUCCGACGCCCUCUGCAGGUGACGGCUCGCUGAUGGAUACAUGAACUGCCAGAUGACGCCCCACACCGUCACCAGCUGUCCUCAUGACAACUUCCACGGCUGCCUCAUGUCCUACGUGGGCCUGAUCGGCUCCGACGUGACGCCCAACUACAGCGACAGCAGCCCGUCCAACAUCACCAUCGGCCUGUGGUGCAGCUGCAGGGGAACCGGAGCGCAGGAGGCCGAGUGCGACGCCUUCCACCGAGACUUCACCCACAACUCCUGCCUCAAGAACGCCAUCCAGUCGUUCGGUUACGGCUCAGAAGGAGGAACCCUGCUGGUCACCGAGCCGUCGUCCACCUUCCUGCCUCCCGCCCAGCCGCCAAUCAUCUCCAAGCCCGCCCCCUCUCUCCAUGGAAACGCCGUCAAGCCGCUGGACAGCAGCGCCUGCAUGUUCUCCACCUGCGCCAACCUGCAGGAUGGAGGCCAGAAGUGCGUCUCCUCUGAUGACUUCGAGUGUGAGGAGGUGAGCAGCUCUAACUCUUAA